UAAUCAUUUUUCUUGUUUUUUUGUAUGUUUUGUUUUUUUACAAAGGAGUGAUCAGUGUAAUGAACUAGCUUAAAAUCUUCAUUUGGACACUUAUCUUUUUAUUUCAUUUUAAUGGUUCAAAUAAAAUACACAAGACUUUAUCAGAAUUUGAAACUUGGCUUUUCAACGUGGAUUGGGCUCCACAUACAGUAGCCUAUAAACUUAGAUAACUUUUGAACUGUUCAUUACAUUGAUUCAAAUACGGUAAUUUUGUACCGUUUUGAUAUAAAAUGUAAAGAGAAAGAAAGUUUAUUAUAGUCAUUUUUAUUAACAACAUCGAGUGCAUUAAACAUUCCGUCAAAGUUUUGGGUUCAUGAGGGGACUUAAAGGGGUUCAUAAAAACUUAACUUAAAAAAUGUUACAUUAAAUAUUUUUGAAACCCAACAACCAAAAUAAACUCAAUAAAAUAUAUUAUUCCUGUUUACAUGCUUGCCAUGUCACCAUGUGAAUAACAUAUAACGUGUAAUCAACAAAUAAGUAACUAGUCUGAUUACGAAUGUAGUGUGUAAGGUUUUUUUUUUGUCACAACGUAGUAAUCGUUUCAAAAGAGUAAUUUUUUUGCAGGCUGUCAUAAGAGUGUCCAUAGCCGCAUGAUGAUUUUCUUUGUGCUCUGUAAAGCGCCUCGUGUGUUGUGUCGAGCGCGCGGUGAGCGUCUCUAUGCGGUUGCGCGAGCGGGUUGCAGGCUCGCACGAGGGUGUCUGAUUUCCACCCACAAACCCCGCUCCGCUCACCCUCCUGAUGCCGAUGUUGACAAAGAGCCGGAGCGGAAGGAUGGUUGCUCAAGCUACAGCGCCAGUCUGAGACCCCUGACGGCACAUCAGCUCGGGAAGACGAAUACCGGACCUCACUAAUGAAGGUGUGGCAGAUUCGCUAGGAUCUGGAAACUCAACAGGGCUGUAGGUAGGACGCUUCGGUUAGGACAGUUCAGCGGAGGAGAUCCGGGAUGACCAGCAGCCAACCGAAAGCAUCUACGCACCGAAGCAUGCACGAGGCCCGGUGGGCUUCUUGAUGUUGUGAACGAUAAUCGUGAAGCAAGACGCUGGACCUCACUGGGGACUCCGCUUUCUCCCGACGCCUCGCGGGGCCCAAGCCGUGCCUCAAGCGCGAGAGCAUGGGUCGGUGCGACGGGAGGUGCACGCUGGUGGUCAUCUGCUGCCUGCAGCUGGUCGCUGCAUUACAGAGGCAGGUGUUUGACUUUUUGGGAUUUCAGUGGGCUCCCAUCCUUGCCAAUUUCCUCCAUAUCAUUGCCAUCAUUGUGGGAGUGUUUGGAACUGUGCAAAUCCGCUCCAGAUAUCUUAUACUGUAUGCUGUGUGGCUUGUGGUCUGGGUUGGCUGGAACUCUUUUAUCAUCUGCUUUUACCUGGAAGUUGGUCACCUGGCACAGGAAAAGGAUUUCUUAAUGACAUUUAACACAUCGCUUCAUCGUUCCUGGUGGAUGGAGAAUGGGCCUGGUUGCUUAGUUACUCCAGUGCCUGACUCACCAUUGGCUCCUCAGGAUCAUCAUGUGAUCACUGUCAGUGGCUGCCUACUAGACUACCAAUACAUAGAGGUGGUCAGCUCAGCCUUGCAAGUGUUUCUUGCACUCUUUGGAUUUGUUUAUGCCUGCUAUGUCAGUAAAGUCUUCCUGGAUGAUGAGGACAGCUUUGAUUUCACUGGUGGACUGGACUCGUAUGGUUACCAGCCUUCACAAAAGAGUUCUCACUUACAGCUGCAGCCUAUCUAUACGGCUGGAUAGAAACCAGAGGGAAAAAGCUGCUUAUCUCUGAGAGAUGAAGUCCUGCAUUGUGGGAAAUGUUCUACCAGCUUCAACGUCUGUAUCUCUUGAACUCUGUUUCCCUCUAUUGGAGGAAAUCUAUAGUGCAGCACCAGCCAGAGCUCUGGGAAGAGAGCAAGCAUAUGGACAGGUCCACAACAAGAUGCUUUUAAAGCCUCAUUGAGACAAGCAUUAUUAAAUAGGACUUGAAGACAGUGUCAGAUCUUCUGUGUGUGUGUGUUUGAGUACAUAGACCUUUGUAUAUGUUUGUGUAUUCACAAGGCGCCCAACCUUUGACCCAGGUGAUCUUUGAACACAUCCCGGAGCUACCCGUUCAGCUCUAAAAGAUUGUUUAUACUCUGAUAUAAGACAAUAUAAUGUAAUGUGUUAGAUGAAUGUUUUAGGUUGGGUAGAUGUGUAUUUGGGGAAUGCUGUAGGACAUUGUGCAUGUAAAAACUCAUGACAGAGGAGUUGUGCCUCUGGGUGGCCCUCAUGUGUCUGCGUGCAUGAAUGUGUGUUUUUGAUUGUGUCAAUGUACACGGACAGCAAAUAUUGAUUUGUACACAUGCACCUAGCAUGAUGUGACUAGCCAUAAAUGUUUAUUUGAACACAAACUUAGAAUGAAUGUAUGUUGAUGUACAAUACUUGUUCCAGGAAGGCUGUGUUUGUGUGAGUGAGAGAGAGAGAGAGAGGGAGUGUGUGUGUGUGUGGGUGCGAGAGGGACACACCUGAAAGUUGUUCAGCAUAAUAAACUGUUUCUAGAUUA